GUGGAGAGGAAGACCCGGGGGAGCCCGAGAGCAAAGGCGACGGAGCUGGACGACGGGGAGGACGGCUCGGUCUGGGAGCAGUACUGGGAGGGGACCCGGGAGCGCUACCGGAAGAGGGCGGCGAGGCACAAGUCCGGCAGCGCCCAGGAGGGCGAGUGGUGGUACCCGGUGGAGAAGAAGGCCAAGUUCCCGGAGAUCGCGGGGCCGGAGCAGUCCCUGACGGGGUCGCUCUGGGACAGCCAGUCCCUCCGCGAGCGGAAGAGGGAGGCCCUGGCGGGUGAGUCCGCGGAGCAGCUGUUCCGGCGGCCCAAGCUCCGAUUCAGUAUCCAGUCCUCGAAGGCCGGCCGUCUCCCUUCGAACACCUCGUUCAGCAUCAUUAACGAGCUGGCGAAGAUGGGCGACCCCGAGGUCCUGGAAGUGGUGAAGGAGGAAGGAAGAAGACUCACUAGGCAAACAGACUUUGAUUUAAGAAUGAGUGAGAGCCUGAGCAGCAGAGAGACCAGCUUUCUCCUCAGUGAAGCAGGAUUGUUUGAUAAAGAUAAACAAAGCAAAGACUCCAUCUUCUUCCGAGAUGGGGUUAGGCGAAUCGAUUUUGUGCUUUCCUAUGUUGAUGAAGUAAAGAAAGAAGCCGAACUAAAGAUGGAAAGAAGAAAAAUGUUUGAAGACAACCUCAGAAAAACAGGUCUUGAAUUGGAAAUUGAAGACAAAAGGAACUCUGAAGAUGGAAAAACUUACUUUGUCAAGAUCCAUGCCCCUUGGGAGGUAUUAGUUACUUAUGCUGAAGUGUUGGGAGUCAAAAGGCCAAUUAAGGAGAGUGAUAUUCUGCGACCGGAGAAAAGCUCCUUCCUUCUUGGGCCUCUGAAGCUCCCAAAGAAUGUGAAGCAUCCUGAUCCGGAUUAUUUCACUGUCCAAUUUAGCAGACAUCGCCAGGAACUCUUCCUCAUUGAGGACAAGUCAAGCUUCUUUCCAUCCUCAUCAAGAAACAGAAUUGUUUAUUAUAUUCUUACCCGAUGUCCUUUUGGCAUAGAAGAAGGGAAGAAAAAGUUUGGGAUUGAAAGACUGCUGACUUCUAACACUUAUUCAGCUGCCUAUCCACUCCAUGAUGGUCAAUAUUGGAAGCCAUCAGAACCUCCUAAUCCUACCAACCAAAGGUACAUACUUUUCCAGAACUGGGCUCGGUUUUCCUAUUUUUACAAGGAGCAGCCUUUCGACUUGAUUAGGAAUUAUUUUGGAGAAAAAAUUGGCAUGUAUUUUGUCUUUCUCGGAUUUUACACAGAAAUGCUGGUCCUUGCAGCUGUAGUUGGUUUAGCUUGUUUUAUUUAUGGCUUAUUUUCCAUUCAUUCUAACACAGCGAGCAUUGAAGUCUGUGACCCUAAGAUUGGAGGUCAGAUUAUCAUGUGCCCACUCUGUGAUCUAUUGUGUGAUUUUUGGAGACUAAAUACUACAUGUUUGUCUUCAAAGGUCUCUCAUUUAUUUGAUAAUGAGUCCACAGUGUUCUUUGCAAUAUUCAUGGGAAUUUGGGUCACCUUGUUUUUGGAGUUUUGGAAACAGCGUCAAGCCAGACUGGAGUGUGAUUGGGACCUGGUGGACUUCGAGGAGGAGCAGCAGCAGCUUCAGCUGAGGCCAGAAUUUGAAGCCAUGUGUAAAAAGAGGAAAAUGAAUCCUGUGACUCAGGAGAUGGAGCCUCACAUGCCUCUGAAGAAUCGGAUUCCAUGGUACUUCUUAUCAGGAGCCACAGUAACGUUAUGGAUGUCUCUUGUCGUUGCCUGUUUGGUGGCUGUGAUCGUGUACCGCCUGUCAGUCUUUGCUACAUUUUCCAGAUUCAUGGAAACUGAAGCAUCCUUAAAGCAUGUCAAAAGUUUUCUCACUCCUCAGAUAGCUACAGCACUCUCUGGGUCAUGCUUAAACUUUAUUGUCAUCUUGAUCUUGAAUUUCUUUUAUGAAAAGAUAUCUGCCUGGAUUACAAAGAUGGAAAUCCCUCGAACUUACCAGGAGUAUGAAAGCAGCCUGACAUUGAAAAUGUUCCUGUUUCAGUUUGUAAAUUUUUACUCAUCAUGCUUCUACUUAGCUUUCUUUAAAGGGAAGUUUGUGGGCUAUCCCGGAAAGUACACAUAUUUGUUUAAUGUGUGGAGAAGUGAAGAGUGUGACCCUGGAGGCUGUCUAAUAGAACUGACCACCCAGCUGACCAUUAUAAUGACUGGGAAACAGGUCUUCGGAAACCUUCAAGAAGCCGUUUAUCCGUUGGCUCUGAAUUGGUGGAGACGCCGAAAAGCUCGGACCAACUCUGAAAAGUUAUACAGUCGAUGGGAGCAGGAUCAUGACCUUGAGACUUUUGGAAGUCUUGGACUAUUCUAUGAAUACUUAGAAACAGUUAUCCAAUUUGGAUUUGUUGCCUGGCCAGUCUGGGCUUUUAUUGUUGCAUUUACAUCGGACAUCAUUCCUCGUUUAGUUUACUACUAUGCCUAUUCAUCAAAUGGCAGUGAACCUUUGAAAGGAUAUGUCAAUAACAGCCUGUCAAUAUUCCUGAUAGCCGAUUUACCAAACACCACUGCACCUUUGGACAAACGAGACUUCAUCACUUGCAGGUAUAGAGAUCACAGAUAUCCCCCUAAUCACGCAGAGAAAUACUCUCAUAAUAUGCAAUUCUGGCACGUCCUUGCUGCCAAAAUGACCUUCAUCAUAGUCAUGGAGCAUGUUGUGUUUUUAGUUAAAUUUUUGUUGGCUUGGAUGAUCCCUGAUGUUCCAAAAGAUGUUCUGGAGAAAAUUAAGCGAGAAAGGCUAAUGACAGUCAAGAUUCUCCAUGACUUUGAGCUUAAGAAAUUAAAAGAGAACUUGACACUUGAUUCUAGUGAAUAUGACAAGGAAUUCAUGAUUCAGGAAAACAAAGUAUAGCUGGCUAAAUCAACAAUCUAGUCAACAAAAUGAGUAAGCAGCUGGUAGCCUGACUGGCUUCACAUUUUCCCUAGAUUAGGGCCAGAGGCCAGAAGCCAUGUGUCAAUUUUAUCCCUUCUCCUUUUUUAACUCAAAUUUUUGUACACUUUUAUAGA